GCGGCGGCAGGCAGGCAUGGCGGACGAAGAAGGCGACCCUGACUGGCUUGUUGCGUUCAAGGCACCAAGUACUGCUACGGUGAUGCUUUCUGAUUCUUCUCCUGAAAACAGCCCUAAAAGAACUGCUCCACCGGAAGAAAAGAAGAAUUCUUCAGACUGUGCAGGUACUUCGAGUAAACAUGAGGAAGGACCAUCCAUGGAAGAAAAGCAGGAUAAACCUCCUAAACGCGUGACUCCAAAGAAGAAAACAAAGGUUGCUGGAACAAAAGAUUGUUUGGAUAAAAGAAAUGAUACCCUGGAACAACUCGAAGAUGAAGUUAAUGGGGAAAAGAUGCAGGACAAGCUUGCAGGAAACUCUGUCUCCCAGAGGUUGCCAUUGAUCCUGUCUGAUAAAGUUCAACGUUCAAAGGCAUUGGUUGAAUGUGAUGGUGACUCGAUAGACUUGAGCGGAGAUAUUGGAGCUGUCGGUAGGAUAGUAAUUUCAAACAGUCCGACUGGAAAUCAGGAUUUGUUACUGGACCUGAAAGGAACAGUAUACAAAUCAACUAUAGUGCCAUCCAGGACAUUUUGUGUUGUCAGCAUGGGACAAACAGAAGCAAAGAUAGAGGCUAUAAUGAAUGACUUCAUUCAGUUGGAACCCCAUUCCAAUUUAUUCGAAGCAGAGACUAUGAUGGAAGGUACCCUUGAUGGGUUCACAUUUGAUUCAGAUGGAGAGGGUGACAGGCUUCAUGAACUUCAUGCUUCUCAAAAUGAUCCGAACAAUGAGAAUGAAGAUCAACCUAAAGCGAAAACCAAAAGAAAAGCAGCCGCGAAGCCAGCGGCAAAGGGACAGAAGAAGGCAAAGGUUGCUAAGAAGGGAGCAAAGAAAACCCAAUCAACAAAGAGAGGGAAGAAGGCAAAGAAAUAAUUACUUGCCGAAGAACUGGGAUAUUUUCCUGUAAGGAUGAGAACUCACUUCAAGCUGGACACGAGGAAAGGCUACAAUACAGCUGGUUCUGUUUUGGUUCUAGGAUAGUUGUUGCUGACUCCACAUGUUGUAUAAUCUGGGCUAUCUGUGUACCAUGAUGUAAUUUUUUAGGAAGAG